ACAACGAGAAAGCAGUUUUACGUCCGCGUUGGAUCUUGUAGGGACUCUCUUCGCCGGUUAGCUGCUACGUUAACGGACGUUAACACGUCGUUCGGCUGGGGUGUAAAGUGCUGUGAUUGUGUAAAAUGGAUAAAGUACAAGUGCUGAGAGCGUUGGUCUACCAGCGAUUAACUGCGGUUGUUGACGAAAUAUUUGUAGUGUUCGAAAGCACGCUAGCGAAGUACGAGGAGGAACUUUCUCGAACAAAAGAAGAGAACGAGCGGAAACGUCAACUACUAGACACACUUCUCAAGAAGCCCCAGCCUAUGUUACACAGAGCAGAUGUCAGUGAAGAAGAUUCUCCCACCAAACAGCAGGAGUGGCAGCAAGAGGAGCCAGCGCCCUCCCACGUUAAAGAGGAAAAGGAACAGCCUCAGCCCCUCUACGUUAAAAAGGAAGAGGAGGAACUUGAAGGACUAGAGCAGUUCCCGGUAAUCGGUGUCAUUGUGAAGAGUGAAGAUGAUGAAGACAAAGGUCAAAGUGAGAAGAAGAGAAAGGUGGAGCUUUCCAGCAGCAGCUCAACACAACACAUGAAAACAGAAGCUGAUGGAGACGGCCGUGCAGACGGCCUCUUAGCUUCACUAUCCGACAGUGACGACACAACGUCACACUAUCCUGACACUGAUGAUGAAGAAUCUAAAGCUGAUAUGGCGUGUCACGCUGACAGCACACGAAGGAAAUGCUCUCUGUGUGACAAAACCUUUUUUGACAGGAGCACUAUGAAAAGACACAUGAAGAGUCACACGGGAGAGAAACCGUUCAUGUGCCUAUUUUGCAGCAAAACAUUCGCUCUGAAGGCAAAUUUGAAAAUGCACACACAAAUACACACCGGAGAGAAACCGUUUUCCUGUUCAGUGUGUGGUGUAGAUUUUGCACGCAGUCAGCAUUUGAAAAGACACAUGAGAACACACACAAAGGAAAAAACAUAUUCCUGUUCAAGUUGCAACAAAACUUUUUGUGAACGAACAACGCUUCAAGUACACAUGAGAAGACACACUGGUGAGAAAGUGUUCAGCUGUAGUGUGUGUGAUAAAAAAUUCUUUUAUAAGUACCAGGUUAAGAAUCACAAGUGUGCUGGUGAGAACAGCAGUAAACUGCAGGACUUGAUAAUAUAGGCACUAAUUAUUUGAUGAUAACACAAUUAAUACCAGUAACUGUUUACCAGUGUUCACAAUUAGUAACAAAAACUACAAGAAGAGAAGCAUGAAUGACAUAAAUAUACUGACAGUCAAUAGAAACUGUGAUUUAUUGUGGAUCUUGGUGCUCGUGUUGUCACUUUCAUUGCACAUUGGUUGGUGUCUGUGUAAAAGUGGAGCAAAUACACAUUACGGAUUACUCAGUGUGACUGGUUUUGGAAGCCUAUAAAGCCCCAAAAAGGCCAGCAUUGUUAGUCCAGUGAACGGCAUCAUGCCACAUCUAUCACGUCACCAUGGGCACUGCGUACAUAGGAGGCCGGUUUGAGCUACAGUGAUAUAUUUUAUAUUUUAAACAAAUGAUUCAUAUGAGGAAAAGUUCAGUUUCGGGUUUCAAAAUAAACAUGUCGAAAAAUAUUGUCUCGACAUUUCUAUUGACUGUCAGUGUACAUCAAUGCGUUUUAGAGUGAAAGUUGUGAUGGUGGCGUUGAUGAUACUAACUCUUUGUAAAUAUUUACAUGGUGCUCUAUGAGCAAAAGAACAGAAAUCGGCCAUGGAUGACAAAGCAAUUACAUAACGCUUGUCACAAGGAUGCAUAAAGGAAUUUUUUUAAAGAACAAAAUAAGCAGAAUAUAAGUACAAGAUGUAUAAUUUUAAAAAGUGGUUUAUGAGAAUAAAAGUGCAUGAAAGAAUACUGUGGUCAAUUAAGAGCAAAAAACAUUAUUGCAACCUUGGGUAUCCUGAACAGCAUCUUUAUGAAUGAUUCUCAGAAGGCAAAUACCGUCAAUGGAAUGUAAAAAAGGACAAUAUCUAGUUAUAGGCUUUUAUAACUACCAUGUACCAUGUAAAUAUUAGUCCAAACAUGAUACCAAACUCUUUGCCGGAUGUGGAAUGGAAUAGACUUGAUCUCCCUUCCUGGCAUGACAGAUGAGGAAAUCAUUUGUUACGUGUAUUGUAUUUAUUUUUGAGAGAGUGCAAAUUAUUGAACAGUCAGCUGUAGUACAGCUACUGUAAACGAAAUGAAACAGUCAUUUAUUCAUUUCUACCGCUUAUCCUCUCGAUGGUCGCGGCCGUGCUGGAGCCUAUCCCAGCUGUCUUCGGGCAAGAGGCGGGGUACACCCUGGACUGGUCGCCAGCCAAUCACAGGGCACAUAUAGACAAACAACCAUUCACACUCACAUUCAUACCUAUGGACACUGUGGAGUCGCCAAUUAACCUAGCAUGUUUUUGGAAUGUGGGAGGAAACCCACACAUGCACGGGGAGAAAAUGCAAACUCCACACAGAGAUGGCCGAGGGUGGAAUUGAACUCGGGACUCGGUUAUCCGUGCACGCUAACCAUUCGGCAGCGGGAAAUGAAACAGCUAUUUUUAAAAUGAAUGCAAGUUCAAAAUAUGACACUGAUGUAAUAACAGAGGAUUUUGAUCGAGGAUUAUUAUAGAUUUUUUUUUUUUUGGAGUGACCAGACCGAUGCAAUAAUUGUUGUGUGCAAAUAUCAUUCCGUGUAGGAACAUUUUAGCAGAAUUGGUUUUCAGUAGAAUUUUAUUGUUUGCUGUGAGUUUUUUGGGGUUUUUUUGUGUUCUUCAACUUGUCUACAUUGUCAAGUUCCACAUCGCCUAGGAACACAUUCGUCCACUCCAGUUUUAUGUUGUUUUUUUUGGUUGUUGGUGGUGGACAAUAAGGAAAUAGUUUUGUUUUUGUUCCACACUGGACAUGCAUGCAGGAUUUAAAGAUCCACUGCUGUUAGGGCUGAUAUGAGCAUGGCUCAAAAUCACAUUUCAUUUGACAUUGUGAUUAAAUCCAAAUAGAAAACAUCGACUGAUGGUCAUGACAUUGAUUUGAAAAAAUGUUUCAAAAGACUGGAGACAAACACCAGUUUCUUUAUUGCCACAAUUUUUCUAAAUCAUUGAAAAGCUUUCCAACAAAUUGUUAGAUUUAAAAAUAAGAAUGAAUUAUUCAUGGACAGUCAGUAUGGAUACAGAGACAACAUUUCAACUCUGAUGAUACUCAUCGAAAUAACCUAAUAAAUCGGAUUGGGGUUAGUUGUAGAGGGCUAUGGAUCGAAAUAACCAAAUAAAUUG